AUGGGCCUCUACCUCCUCGACUAUGGCGCCGGAAACGUCGCAUCCCUCGCAAACUCUCUAAAGAAACUCGGUCAUGAAUUUACAUGGAUUGCCAGUCCAGACGACUUUGCAAAGGCAGAUAAACUCAUAUUCCCAGGUGUCGGUGCAUUCAAACAUGCAAUGGACAAUUUACAGUCAAAGGGACUCUUGGAGCCUCUCCGAGACUAUCUCGCAUCAGGUCGCCCUUACUUUGGCAUCUGCAUCGGCAUGCAAGUCCUUUUUGCCGCCUCUAUGGAGCAUGCCGAAGACACUGGCCCCGUUCUAGGCCUUUCGGUCAUUCCUGCCGCUAUUCAACGUUUUACCACCAGCGAUCACAAAGCCGUCCCACAUAUGGGAUGGAACAGGGCCGAGCGGUUACGUCCAAGGGAGACAGACGACGACAUUGAUAUUGGAGACGAGCUAUCCUACUAUUUUGUACACUCGUACCGUGCAGCCUACGACGCACACUCUCCACUCGGCGAAUGGGCAUACACAACAACGCAGUAUGGGCAAGAAGUAUUCGUCUCUUCGAAAAGUCUGGACCAGCUGGCCUCCGUCUUACUCGACUCUUGGGUACGCUCCCCUAUCCGCCCUCCGACCGCAUCGUUUGCACCAAAACCGACCAUCGAGCGACCACCACGAGCGAGAGAUGGUCUAGCCAAGCGUGUAAUUGCAUGCAUGGACGUCCGUACAAACGACGACGGCGAUCUCGUCGUCACAAAGGGCGAUCAAUACGACGUACGAGAAAAAGUCACCACCGCAGCCAACGACCUCACGACCACAAAGACUGGAGGUGCCGUACGAAAUCUAGGCAAACCCGUCGCACUCGCUGCAAAGUACUUUUCAGAAGGUGCCGACGAGAUUUGCUUCCUUAACAUUACCUCUUUCCGUUCCUCACCUCUUCUCGACCAACCCAUGCUUGCAGUCGUGCGUGCAGCUGCAAACGAAGUCUUUGUCCCUCUGACGAUUGGAGGCGGGAUCAAAGAUACCGUCGACCCGGACGGUACGCCACAUACUGCGCUCGAAGUCGCUGGUGCCUAUUUCCGUGAGGGUGCGGACAAGGUGUCAAUUGGAAGCGAGGCCGUGUAUAAUGUGGAAGCACUCCUGCGCGACGGCAAGCCAACUGGAAAGACGGGGAUUGAGACUAUUUCGGCUGCCUAUGGAAGUCAGGCCGUUGUUGUCUCUAUCGAUCCUCGGAGAGUAUAUGUCGACCCUACGACGUAUGAUGGGCCGUACAAGCAAGAGUUAGUCUACGGAAAGGAUGCAGAGGAGGGCAAAGCCUGGUGGUAUCAAUGCACCGUCUCUGGCGGGAGAGAAAAUAGACCCCUGUCAGUUGUUCAACUGGCAAAAGGUGUAGAGAGACUUGGAGCAGGAGAGCUCUUGAUCAAUAGCAUCGACCGUGAUGGGACCGGCAAGGGAUUCGACCUCGAUCUCAUCAAUCUCGUCAAAAACGCCGUCAGUAUCCCCGUCGUGGCGAGCAGCGGUGCAGGAAGCGAAACACAUUUCGUCGAGGUAUUCAAAGGCACAAAGGCCGAAGCUGCGCUCGCUGCUGGAAUCUUUCACAGAGGCGAAGUCGGGAUUGGGGCUGUCAAAGAGACGAUGACCAAACAUGAUCUCACAACUAGACGGGUGUAA